GGAGUGAUGUCCAUGUGGACAAGAGGUGGAGGGGUAUCAGGAAUGUCCACGCUUGUCCACGGAGGGAGAGGAGGGUGUGUGAAACUGUGCUUUUUCUGUCCACGUGGUAUGUAGACGGCCGGGACGGCCCCUUAGCUUCUUUUCUUCUUUGACACAGGGAAUGUAACACACCUGGUGUUCUAUUUACUUUGGGCUUAGUGUGUGAGCAAUAUGUAAACAAACCGCAUAAACUGUUCAAUUGAUUUCAUAUUGGAUUUAAUUUAAUUCUCCGAACAAUUUAGUUUUUCAGUACUAUUUUGGUUAUUUUACAAUAUUCUCGAAAGAGAAAAAUGGAUGUUGUGAUCAAAAAUGAACCUUCUCACGAGGCUUGUAAACCUCGUGACGAGCAUUGUGAAACUCUUUAUGAGCAGUGUGAAUAUCUUGAUGAGCCUUGUGAACCUAGCAACGAGUCUCCCGAAGAGCAUGUCACGGACAGUUGUGUGCUGCCGGCAAAGUCUAGAACGGUAUGCAUAGUUCCUGGGUGUUCUGAGCGGUACGGCCGAGGUGUUUCGUUCCACACUUUUCCCAAAAAGGAAGAUAAACACCGAUGGAAAGCGUGGGUGACGAACUUGCGUUUGAAAUAUGAGCCCAUUCGGACGUCGAGAGUUUGCAGCUCGCAUUUUAGCAUCCAGAAUUUUAUUAGUCCUACUGCGAAAUAUCUUACCGAUCGAAUAUUUCUGAAAAGGACAGCUAUACCGGACAUUAACCUACCACAACCGACUUCAGACCCGAGAAAAGAUGAAAUUGCUAAGGGUCGCGCUGAACGGGUAGCCAGGCGGAGUGAACUUGAUUACAAUCUAGAAAACACCCACAAGCUCAUCUGUGCAGACACAGGAGACUCUCCCGGAAGAAAAAUUCCCAAUGGGAUGGAAAGUGAACCUUGUGAAGCAAACGCCACGAUCACUCCCACCGUACCAAUAAAGUGUAGGACGGUAUGCAUAGUUCCUGGAUGUCGUGAACGGUAUGGUCGAGGUUGUUCAUUCCAUAGAUUUCCCAAGCCGGAAGAUAAAAAACGAAUGCAAGCUUGGGUGACAAAUUUGCGGUUGAAAUAUAAGCCGACUCUAACGUCGAGAGUAUGCAGCUCUCAUUUCAGCGUUCAAAACUUUAUUCCUCCUUUUACACACAGAGUUACUGAUCGGAAGAUAUUGAAAAACACAGCUGUACCGGAUGUUAACUUACCUCAACCAAAAUCUGAACCGAAGAAAAGCAAAUUAGCUAAGAUUCGCGCUGAACGAGUGGCGAGGCGAAGUCAGAUUGAUGAUAAUGGAAGGACAGCCAAAUGCCCAUCUACGUAAAUAAGGUUGAAGCGGAAGAUGCGAUUUAAGCUCCAGAAUCAGCUGUUCAGGUUGAUGCGAAUGAUUUGGAUAAACUUUUCAUCGGUCGUCGUAAAAUUGAAUCUUUAUACUUCAGUGUCACCAACGUUUAGAAGAAAAUAAGAAUGAAAGGCGAUCCUAAUACUACUUGCUGAGUGAUUGGCUAGUUUUAUAACAGUA